AGGAAAAUGUGGAGAUGAAGAAAAGUAAAAGAAUCAGGGAAACAAAAGAUCAGAGAAAAGGAUAAAUUUAAAAUACUGUAACUGUUCUUGUAGGCACUGAGAAUUGUCUGGUUGUUUUCCCUCUAAAGGAAACAAAUCUACACAAUGAAUUAUGUGUACCCCACCUCCAGAACACUUUUCAAUCCACAAAAGAGCAAAUAGCAUGUAGGGGAAUAAGUUAUAGAGAAAACAGAAUUCUUUGUAUAUAAAGGAAGAUGAGAGAAAGAGGGUAGGGGAGAAACAGUUUAUUAAAGCAGAAUUGCAAUAAUUACCUUAAACCUUUCAAGACACUACCAAAGCCACCAGGGACUUCUUAGGUAGAUUUUGAUUUCCUGAUUAUAUGGAGCUGUAUAUCUACAAACAUCUGUUGCAUGCUUGGAUAAUUGCUAAAUAGCCCAGGCACACCCAUGUAGUUUCAUGGCAAAACCAUCCAUGCUUUCAAGUCACUUAACAGUCACCCUCCUAGGCACAAAAUACUCACUUCAGGAAUAUUUAAAGAGAAUCUUCAGACUAUAAUUUCCAAGCUUCUGGAUAUUUUCUUGCCCAGCAGACCUUGCUUGCUAAAGCUUUGUGGGUUAGGAGUGGUUCUGAGGAAACAAAGAAAGUGAUCAGACCCCUGUUUUUGUUUCUCUGUCUUGUCUUGAACAUGGUACCCUCCUGACAUGUUGGAUAAAAAGUACGAUGGCUGGUUCAAUGCAUAUGAAAGGUUGGUGUUGGGAAAGUAUGAGACCAAGCUGCUCUGAAGAUCUAAUACAAUUAGGAAAAGUCACUGACCUGAGAAAAGAAUGAUGAAGAGAUUAAGCAGCAGCUAAUUUUAGAAGAGCAAAAUUCACAAAAAAAGGAAGGGUUGCUUCUUGUCCUUGUCAGCUACCCCAUGCUGGUUUAUUUUAUUUUUAAUAUCAAAGGCUGUUGGGUUCUUGCACCAUGAAGGUGAGCUUGCUGAAUCCAUAUAGUAUGUGAUUCACAGCAGCCUUAUCCAUCUGAUCCUUAAUUCAGUUAAUUUAGUUUUCUUGGUUUGCAUGACACGCACUCAACCAUAAAUUAAUGACAUGCACUCAACCAUAAAUUAAUGACAAGGUUCAGCUAAUGUACUAACUGGACUAAAAUGUGGUUAGGUAGUUUGUGGUUCAGUGUAUUGUAUAAAUCAAGUUAUUAUUGGGAAAAAUCUAGUUAUACUGUUCUCCAUGCCCUAACCCACACAUAAAAUAUUAUUUGAACAGAAAUGAAGAUCAGUAAUAGAGCACCUCAAAUUUUAGCUUUGAAACCCAUUCCAGAAGUGCCAGAGUUUAGGUAUUAUAUCAUUUAAAUUUACUGAGAAGAAAUUGUAUUGCCCACAAGGUUGGCAUGCAGUGCUUGAAAAUCUCAAACAAACCUUGAUGCCCUGUUCCUAGAAAAUAGUUCAGUAGUGUCAUAGAAUUAUAAGUGAAUCUUACAAUUUGAGAACAGAGGACAGAAAGGAGAGUUCUUGUCUUUUUCCCCAGUGCCUACAGUAUUCCACCUUUGUGGCAUGCUAUGUGAACCGAUUUAGAUUAGUAGAGGCCAAAAACUGAGUUGAGUGCAUUGCCACCCUUUCCUGCCCAAGUCUAGACAUGGGUGUGUUGGCUUCAUUUGAAAACAAGAAAUAUCUUAGCAGUUAUUCUCUUACUUGAGUAAGAAAUUGAAGGAAAAGUCAAUUUUAUAAAUUUUCCCAAAAUGUCCAAAUGAUUAGGACUUGGGAUCUUUCCUGAAGAUGCUUGUUUUUCCUUCAACUGAACUUUUUCAGUAGGGUGGAAAUAUGAGUCAGCUUUCCCCAGGGAACCUGUGUGUAGAUCUCUCUCAUCAUGCACACUGAAUUAGGCUUUUCUUUCCAAUCCUUCUAUGUGAGUGUGUAUGAUGGAACAUUCUUUCCUUUUUUUCUUUUUAAAUUUUUCCUGGGGAUUUUGAACAAGCAUAAGCUUUUCCAAGCCAAGUCCCUUUCUCUUGCUUCACAUACAAAUUAGGAGAUCUAGGGAAAAAUAUAUUUGUGUUGCAAAGACUCUCACUUUAAUGAAAUGUGAAUGCCUCUUCCCAAUAAAAUAUCUGUAAAUAUUACCAAAUGAUAGCAACAACUUUGCAACCUAGUUAGCAAGCUAUCAUGUAUUCAAGGUAUUUUUUUAUAUGGUAUAAAGAUUAUUGUGUCCCUAGAAGACAGUCAACACACUAGAACUGUUCAAAGUCUUUGGAAUCCCUGUUAAUGGUUUAUUCAUUUUUCCUCCCUUUAGGAGUAAGGGACAAGCUCAUUAUGAAGAGUGAUCUGGUUUUCUUUGUCUCUGUAAUUAGCCUUGCCUUCCUGUCUCUGCCAAGAUCUGGAUAUGCUCAGCAUAUUGCAGAAGAAUCCUGCUCUGUUCAGAUUCUGGUUCCAGGCCUCAAAGGAGAAAAUGGAGAAAAGGGGGAAAAAGGUGCUCCAGGCCGCCCUGGACGAGUUGGACCUCCAGGGGAAAAAGGAGAAAUGGGAGACAAAGGGCAGAAAGGUAGCAUGGGACGACAUGGAAAAAUUGGUCCCAUAGGCUCCAAAGGACAAAAAGGAGAUAAUGGAGAUAUAGGCCCACCUGGUCCUAAUGGAGAUCCAGGUAUUCCUUGUGAAUGUGGGCAGCUACGAACAGCCAUUGGUAAAAUGGAUAAUCAAGUGACCUUGCUGACAACAGAGCUGAAGUUCAUUAAAAAAGCACUGCCCUCCCCCGCAGCUGUUGCUGGUGUGCGUGAGACAGAUAAUAAGACGUACCUGCUGGUGAAAGAGCAGAAGCGGUAUGUGGAUGCCCAGCUCUACUGCCAAGGAAGAGGAGGGACCCUGAGCAUGCCCAAGGAUGAAGCCACCAACAACCUCAUUGCUUCUUACAUCAGUCAAGCUGGCCUCAGCCGAGUUUUCAUUGGCAUUAAUGAUCUUGAGAAGGAAGGCAGCUUUGUGUACUCGGACCGAUCCCCUAUGCAGACCUUCAACAAGUGGAGCACCGGAGAACCAAAUAAUGCUUAUGAUGAGGAAGACUGUGUAGAAAUGAUAACCUCUGGGGGCUGGAAUGAUGUGGCUUGUCACAUUACAAUGAAUUUUGUAUGUGAAUUUGACAAAGAAAAUGUUUAAUAAAGCUUCCCCCUGCCAUGCUCUAUAUCUGAAUUUUUUGUGGGGGUGGGGGUGAAUAACUUGGGCAGUCCAACUAUCAUUGUAAUCAGGACUCCAUUUCUGGAUUGGUUUUAUUGGAAGUUGAUCUCUUGUUUAUGAGAUCUAAAUGUUCCAGCAAUCUUCUUCAUAUCAGUGUAUAAAACUGUCCCAGGAUGUCCUCAUCUUUACUUUUAUUCCCAAUUUUUUCAGGCAACCCCACCAUCAACACACAAACACAUGCACAAUGAAAAAGCUUUGUAACAUUUCUCUUUCUUUCGUGCAGGUUUUGAGUAUGGUCCUUUCCCUCCAUACUUGUGAGUAUAUGGGGGACAGGUAAGAGAAAAAGAAUGUAGGAAAUAAACCUUAAAUAUUAGAUAUGCCUAUCUAUAGUUACCCACUAUGGGGAGGGAAGGUAAUAUUUUUUAUGUGUGUUUACUUCACUCACAUUUGGCAUGAGAGUUUGUUUUUGUUAUUAAUAAAAGACCAUUUUUGGUGUUUUGAUCUCAGAAAAACUCAUUUUUUCAUGAUGAAUGAGAAGUAUCUCUUCUUCUGUAAUUUAUCUGCAAGUGAUAUGAGCCCACAAUGUGUUCAGUACUUCUGCCUCAAAAAAUUUUGUGUGUCUGUGUGUGCGCAUGCUCCUAGGGGGAACUGCAUUGUUUGGGUGUCCAUGCAAUUGGUCAAAGUGUGAAACAUCUCUUAGAUAGGUGAAGAUAUAUGGCUGAUGGAGACGAUGUAGGCCCAUUCCUGUACAAUACACAAAGGGGUGUAACAAUACAGUAAACUAUUUUCCACAGUAAAGCAACUCAGCAAAUCCACUAGUUUUUGAAACGAAGACUCAUUUAUUUUAAUAAGGCUUUGCAAAAGAGCUUCCCAGCUGAUUGUGGCUGCCAUGAAUAGGCCAUGACCUUGAUAGAAGCUGGCACAUGAAAUACUUUUAAUAGUGGCACUGAGAAGUUGUUGAACGUUGGCAGGUAAAAUAUAAACACUAGGAAAAGCAACAAAAGAUGUUGGCUUGUAAACUGACCCUAACCCUAAUUUCUCCAAAAGGUGAUGGAUUAUAAUAUGCUUAGAAGUAUAUGAUAUUAGUAUUGUACAGCUGUAAAUAUAAUCUAGGUAUUUCAAAUAUCAAUGUUUACCCUUUAGAAGGGAAGAGCAGAGUUGACACAAUUUGCAUUCCUAUGAUAAAUAUGGCCCAUAUCCAGGCAGUGCUUAGGCAUAUCCAACCUGUUUGAAAUCACUUGGCCUUAAACUUAAUUCUGUCCAGAAACCUAUAGACCGCUGGGCAAAAAACCUCAAUUUUUGUCACAUUUUGAGAUGAAUAAAAGAUGUUCAACUAUUUUAGGGUGUUUCAAAUAAUAUGUCUAUGAUUUCCUUUUUUAAACAAAAUGUCUUGUUCUUUAAACAAGAAGUCGUAUGUUGCUUCAUAAAUAUGAAAUGUCUUCAGGAGAGAAGCAGUUUCUGAAAAGUAGCACACCAGUUCCUCAUAUCCUCUAUUACGUUUAAUGUUUAACAUUAAAAAUAUUUGCAGCUGCAGUUUUCCUGGACUAAAUUAAUUUAACUUAACAGUCUAGGUAGCAUUUAAUACUUUAUAACUUGACAAUAGAAAAUUAAAAGAAGCAAGAUUAUAGAACAUAUAAAACUUUAUUUCUUAGGCUUAGGGUAGCUGCCAUGCUUGUGUCUAUGUAUGGUGGGGGCUAGAGAAAAAAUGCAAGCAGAUCCGUUGUCCAUCCAAUUUUAUGAUGACCAAGCCUGGCUGCAAAAGUCUGGAUGACCAGCAGAUGGCAGCAAGAGCUUAAUGUUUUCUAAAUCUCUAGGUUAUCAUCUAGUAUAGUAGUUGUAAUCUUUGCAUCCUAGAUCUGAUAACAUAGCAAUUUUUAAAAUGGCUUUGCUUUAUGCUUGCCAUUGUAGGCAAAGAGAAGCUGAGAAUCACCCAUCCUGGUAUUAAGUGGCAGCAACUUGACUUAAUUAACUUAAUGUUAACCUUUUACUCCACCGGAGACUAAGAUUGGUUAUUAGCUCUUUGUGAAGUUCUGUAUCUGUAAUUAGGAUGACUGAGUUCUUAAUCCCAUGACAGAAGUACAUUCGAUUGAAUGUAAUGUGCUUCUACCUGGAUUACAACCGAGGAGGUGCACAUGAAAUGACUGAAAUUAAAAUUAAAUUUAGCAUUUUCUUUCUUAUUUCAUCAGUACAAAUAAAUCCAUGUGAAGUCCGAGAUAAAUCCCAGCUGUAAGAACUGAGUAUUAAUUUAAUUGGCUUCUCAAGGUUGCUAGUGCUGGAAGUAAACUGGGAUACAUUUAUUAAUAUAAGUGAGCUACAAAAUUGACUCCAGCAUGCAGACAAAACUUCAAACUGAUUAACUGACUCUGCUUGACUUUUGGAGCAACCCUUACCUUUGUCUCUCCCACAAUGAGCAUCAGUGGCUUAUAGCUUCACAGCCGCUCAAGGGAACGAGCCAGUUAACUAAUGUUUUUUCAAACUUGUCAUUGGAUAACCAACUGCAUAUGCUUAUUUAAUAAAUAUAAUAGAAUUCAUAAAGAUGGGCAACCUGAAUAUUUGCUGUGAUUGAUUAUAGCUAUGUUUUAGGCUCACUUUACUAUGCAAUAUUAAACUUAUCUACAUUGAUUGUAAUGGGCUUUCUAAAUAAGCCACCGCAGAACCAGCCCUAGCGAGCUGCAGGGUACAUUAGAUGAACAAAACAUUUUCAGUUAACAUGACUUGUUCUUGCUUUCCUCCACCACUAUACCAGUGAGCCCCCACAAACUGUUUCAGAGUGUUGUUUGUGGUUUAGGAAUAAAGAUGUUAGAUAAGGACCUGGGGACCCACAGAAGCAGACUUGGUGAGUGGGUGGAUCUUUAGCUCCCAACUCAACUUACCUCCCAAGAUGGUUGUGAGAAAUGAAGUUCUAUGUAGUAGUGCUAUUCAGUGCUUCAGAUUCAGUCCCCAAAAGGUGCUUGUGGGGAUGUGAACAUAAUUAAAGGAGUUACAUUUUUUCCCUGGGAUCAUGUGACAGCUCCAGAAGGCGACCACAAGGUCCCAAGAAAAAAUGAAGCUGCUUUAAAGAAUUGCAGACAAGAUGCUUCACUGGCACUUCCACGUGCUCCAAGCUACUUUUUCGGAACUGAAUUGGAAGUACUUCAUGGCCUACCUAUGAACGCAUCUUGAGCUCAUACAGGAAAGAUAUAAACAACCAAAAUAAAUUUUAAAAAACCAAUGGAAUACUGAUCUCAAAUAAUUCAAAAUUUAAACGGCUAAGAUAUAAUAUUUGCAUAUUUAGCAUAAUAUACACAAACUGCCAAGAGGUUCCACUAGAUGAUAAUUAAGAACCUUUCCAAUCCUUCCAAUCUAUGAUUCUAAGAUAGAACAUGUGUUUCUGAAAAACUUCUUGUUAGCAACAAGCACAUGAAUGCAAAAUAAUAAUUAAUGACUCAAUAAUUUUGUUUCUUGUAUGUUUGUUUUCAAAAUAAUUAUUGUUAACAUCAUAUGCAUAAGAAAAUAAAAAGUUUCAUCUUA